AGGGCGUUACAUUUGAUUUGACAUUGUUAGUGUCAGCAAUCAGAAGUUCAGAGCAUCAUUAAACAGAGAUUGAAGAAAAGAGGGCAAAAGCAACGGGAGGAGGAGAGGUUUUUGGUUAUUAAAAAUGUUCCAAAGGAUCAUUGGUCUGCUGCUGCUUCUCAUGACUGCUUGUUCAGCUCAGAGCACAGCUCCGACGGUGAGGUUGGUUAAUGGUAACACAUCAUGCAACGGUAGAUUGGAGAUCCUCCAUAACAACCAGUGGGGAACAGUGUGUGAUGAUGGUUGGGACAUAAACGACGCCGAGGUGGUCUGCCGACAGCUGAGAUGUGGCCCCGUCCAGUCUGCAACUAGUUCUGCCUCCUUUGGACAAGGCACCGGACAGAUCUGGAUGGAUGAUGUUGCCUGUACAGGCAGCGAGUCUUUUUUGUCAGAAUGUCAACAUCCAGGGUUUGGCACUCAUAACUGUGGCCAUGGUGAAGAUGCUGGAGUCGUCUGUUCUGGUUAGUGACAUUUAGUUCUGAGGUUGGUAAAUGGUAACACACCAUGCUCUGGUAGAGUGGAGAUCCUCCAUAACAACCAGUGGGGAACAGUGUGUGAUGAUGGUUGGGACAUAAACGAUGCCAAGGUGGUCUGCCGACAGAUGAGAUGUGGCCCCGUCCAGUCGGCAACUAGUUCUGCCUCCUUUGGACCAGGCACCGGACAGAUCUGGAUGGAUGAUGUUGCCUGUACAGGCAGCGAGUCUUUUUUAUCAGAAUGUCAACAUCGAGGGUUUGGCACUCAUAACUGUGGCCAUGGUGAAGAUGCUGGAGUCGUCUGUUCUGCUCCGACGGUGAGGUUGGUUAAUGGUAACACACCAUGCUCUGGUAGAGUGGAGAUCCUCCAUAACAACCAGUGGGGAACAGUGUGUGAUGAUGGUUGGGACAUAAAUGACGCCAAAGUGGUCUGCCAACAACUGAGAUGUGGCCCCGUCCAGUCGGCAACUAGUUCUGCCUCCUUUGGACCAGGCACCGGACAGAUCUGGAUGGAUGAUGUUGCCUGUACAGGCAGCGAGUCUUUGCUAUCAGAAUGUCGACAUCCAGGGUUUGGCACUCAUAACUGCCAACAUGGUGAAGAUGCUGGAGUCAUCUGUUCUGGUUAG